GGAUUACAGCGGGAGGAAAGGCAUCACCUCCGAGCAUAUCGGCCUCGUCAAGACGAAUUGGAGGCGUGUAAUGAUUUGAAACUCAUCCUGAAAUAUCUGUGGACUGUGCUGACCGUGCUGAGAUGAGUGGUUCGGCGAGGCGGACCUUGGAAACACCUACAUGGCCAUCACGACUGAAGUGGUGUUCGCCGACAGGUGGAAUGCACGUGCAACCUUCACAGACUGACAGAUUGAGUGAUAACAGACACUGGAGACCCUCCAAGCGAUGGCUGGUGACCGCCUGCCACCAUUCACAGGCUGUCACACAAGGAGCCCUGGGAGUAACCUUGCUGGAAGCCCCGCGGGCCGCAGUGUGUGGCUGGCGUUAUACAGUCCCCAGCCAUCGCCUGGAGACAUCAGUGUCUGUUAUCACUCACCUUAGGUAGUCUGUGAAGGUUCAGUCAUCACAGGUGCACGUGUAUCUUACCUGUGAUCAUUGCAACACCGGCAGCCACAGACUCCUGCCCAAGGAACGAACACAGAUACUUCUGAGAACACCGACAUUAGCGGCAGCGAAGGUCAAUAAACUGUCUGGUUGGCGUGCCGGUAUCUUCGUGAUAAACUCCACGUGACGCGCCGCUUCACGAGUGCUGCGGACCCAUCGGGUGUAUGAUCUGAUUAGCAGCAGGUGCAGACUCCGCGGUGAGCGACCCCGACAGAUGGAAGGGCAGCGUCUACAAGAUGGUUUGGCAGGACAUGCUUGUCUAUGUCUUGCUGUACUACGCCAUUUCCCUCGUGUACCGCUUCGCUCUGACAGAGGAGGAAAGGAGAGUGUUUGAGAAAGUGUCCAUCCAUGUCAGCCACUUUAGGAAUCUGAUUCCCAUAUCGUUCGUGCUCGGUUUCUACGUGAGCGUCAUCGUAACCCGCUGGUGGGGCAUGUACACGUCCAUGCCCUGGCCGGACACUGCGGCCAUCCUGCUGGCCACGCACAUCCAGGGGGAGGGUUCGCGGGCACGGCUGGCCCGCGUGACCGUGGCUCGCUACGUCAACAUGGGCAUCGUGAUGACCUUCACCAUGGUAGCGCCUGCCGUCAAGGCGAAGUUUCCGGGAUACCAGGAACUGCUUGAGGCAGGUUUUCUAACGGAAAAUGAAAAGGAAAUUCUAGAACUUCUCGACCGCAAAAGCAUGCAGCACAAGACCUACCUUCCUUUUCUGUGGGCCUGUCGCGUCGUGGACCAGGCCAGGAGGGAAGGGCUGAUCAAGGACGCGCUGGCACAGAAAGCGGUGACUGACGAGAUCCUGCGCCUCCGAGGGUGCUGCGGGGAACUGCUUGGCUGGGACGACUACAACAUCCCGCUGGUCUACACACAGGUGGUGACCAUCGCCGUGUACACGUUCUUCCUGUUCUCGGUGUUGGGGGAACAGUUCCUCGACCCUGCACAGAAAUACCCAAACAACAUCAUCGACCUCUAUGUCCCAAUAUUCUCUCUCCUACAAUUCUUCUUUUACAUCGGCUGGCUGAAAGUGGCAGAGUCCCUGAUCAACCCCUUUGGAGAAGACGACCACGACUUUGAGUUCGCGUCCUUGGUUAGCCGCCACCUCGAGAUGACAUAUCUGCUGGCCGACGCCCAGGAGCCAGAGAUUCCCCUCCUGGUCAAGAACAAGGCCUGGUACUCCGCCCCGAGCGAAGAAACAGAGGAGAGAAUAGAGCCGCCCACCCGCUCCGCCUUCUUACUGGCUGACCAAUUCUCGCCUCAUAGAGAAGUCGUCUAGGAGAGGGUUUAACCAGCAGCCGCUACCACCUCUGCUACCUCUGUUACUACUAGCCCUCACUUGACACCAUCUCAACACCUCUGUAUUAAUUUUAUUCUAUAUCAGUAUGGUUAUUUUAUGCCAGUAUGAGUUCCGCAAGGGGCGUUCUACUGGCGAUCUUCUUGCUCUCUUUACUUGUUCUUGGUCAUCCUCUCUCAGCCGUUUCGGUGAAACUUUCUCAGUUGCGCUAGACAUAACGAAAGCCUUCGAUAGAGUCUGGUACAAGUCUUUGCUUUCUAAACUGCCCUCUUUCGGAUUCUAUCCUUCUCUCUGUUCUGUUAUCUCCAGUUUCCUUUCCAGCCGUUCUAUCUCUGCGGUGGUAGACGGUCACUGUUCUUCCCCCAAACCUAUCAACAGUGGUGUUCCACAGGGCUCUGUUCUAUCACCCACCCUCUUCCUGUUAUUCAUCAAUGAUCUUCUUUCCAUAACAAACUGUCCUAUCCACUCAUACGCUGAUGACUCCACUCUGCAUUAUUCAACUUCUUUCAACAGAAGACCCACUCAGCAGGAAUUCCAUGACUCCAGGCUGGAGCUGCAGGACGCUUAGCCUCAGACCUUACUAUUAUUUCCGAUUGGGGUGAAAGGAACCUUGAGUCCUUCAAUGCCUCAGAAACCCAAUUUCUCCGCCUAUCAGCUCGACACAAUCUUCCAAACACCUAUCCCCUAUUCUUCGACAACACUCAACUGUGACCAUCUUCAACACUAAACAUCCUCGGUCUAUCCUUAACUCAAAAUCUUAACUGGAAACUUCACAUCUCCUCUCUCACUAAAUCAGCUUCCUCGAGGUUGGGCGUUCUGUAUAGUCUCCGUCAGUUCUUCUUCCCCGCACAGUUGCUAUCCAUAUACAGGGGCCUUGUCCGCCCUCGUAUGGAGUAUGCAUCUCACGUGUAGGGGGGCUCCACUCACACAGCUCUCUUGGACAGAGUGGAGUCUAACGGCCAUAUUCUCAGUGAAGCUCUUCUCUCUUCGUCGAAGCGUCUCUUAGAGAGUGUGUUUCCGUUGAAGGGUAUGCCCAGUUCCUAACCUUCGAAACAAUCUUUCCGUGUAGUGUUGGUACUACUGCAAAUCAAACAAACGUUGAAAACCGAAACCUUAAUGCAAUUUAGGUACAUUUAUAUAAUGGAUUAUAUAGUGUGACUAAUAUUUAUGUAAACAGUGCUUGAUACAGUGACAUACAUUAUAUAUAGCAGAAAUUUUACAUUGAUGCAUUUAAUUGGUUGGUACCCGUGGCUAUGUUUGCUUCACUUUCAUAUCAUCCCGUUACCUGUGGGCGGAGCUUUGGAGACCUCGUUAGAAUAAACUGCUUUUAUUUUCUUUAUUUUCCUCCUGUUCCAUGAGACAUCUCUUUUUCCGUUCGUUAUUUCUCACUUGUAAAUAUAUUUUAACUAGCUUUAGAGCUCCUAUCAGUGGGUGGAAAAUGGUAGCAUCUAUAUUGCUGAGCUUUGCUAAGCUCCACCCACAGGUGACGUCACGAGUUUGGAGAUUGGCUGUGUUAAGCCCAGCACGGAGUACCAAAUACCACCACAUAUUCAUACAGACUUGUGAAACAAGCGCCCGGAGAAAGCCUGUUAGUCCGUCACUUUAAAAUUCAUCCCAGCAAUCUUAAUGCAUGCUUAUGGUUCGAAGUGCCCGCCCUACAAACGCUCAAAAAAGAUAACUGUUGUGAAUAGUUGAGACUAAAGGGCGGGGCGUGCUGGUUGAGAGGUGUGUUUCAGUGUUGGCUUAAAUUAUCAUAGGAACCGUGAAGUCUUGAAUAAACAGAAAAAUAUUGUUUCUCGCAUUGUAUUAUUUUUUAUAUAAGGCCUAGAAAACUUAAAUUGUUCUUAUACCCAAUUAAUAAUACAGCAACAUGGAAAAAUGUUGUAAUAAAGCAUUAAAUGUGCGAAGAUAUUAGCGAAGAGCGGGCCUUCACCUCCUCUUCGUCAAGAGAGGAAAUUAGUUCAUUUUUUUCCCGCUCGCCGCUUCGCGCGCUGCAUCAAAGACACUCCUUUCCACUGAGAAUACCGUUUGGUCCACGAAGCCUUGUUUCCUCGCGUGAAGGGGGAAGAGAUUCACUGAGAAUACGGCCGUAAGGCUCUUCGUCUCAUCAGCUCUCCUCCUCUUACUGAUAGUCUUCUACCUCUUAAUUUCCGCCGCCAUGUUGCCUCUCUUUCUAUCUUCUAUCGUUAUUUUCACGCUGACUGCUCUUCUGAACUUGCUAACUGCAUGCCUCCCCCUCUCCCGCGGCCCCGCUGCACGCGACUUUCUACUCAUGCUCAUCCCUAUGCUAUCCAAAUCCCUUACGCAUGAGUUAACCAGCAUCUUCACUCUUUCAUCCCUCACGCUGGUAAGCUCUGGAACAAUCAAUCUUCUUUCAUCUGUAUUUCCUCCUGCCUACGACUUGAACUCUUUCAAGAGGAGAGUAUCAGGACACCUCUCCUCCCGAAAUUGACCCCUCUUUCGGCCACCUUUUUUGAUUCUUUUAGGAACAGCGAGUAGCAGGCUUUUUUUUUUUAUUAUUGUUUCCUUUUUUUGUGUGCUCUUGAGCUGUCUCCUUUGUUGUAAAAAAAAAAAAAAAACAUUGUCAGCUAUGUAAUAGAUUGACAAAACUGACAGUUAUGAACAUAUAAAGGCGGUGGCUGAGUGGUCAGCGUGCGGGAGCAGUGUCGUAAAGGACCCGGGUUCGAAUCCUGUCCGCCGCUACAAGCUGACAAUUUUCAGUCAUUGCCGAGUGGCCUAACACUACCUGCAUGGUGUCCUAAUGAACAUCCAUUAGCCCGGACUCUAAAUCUCUAAGUGGAUCAAAAAUGAGCUCGGGGGAAGCAUGAGCCAAUCAAAAUCUCCCCACUAUGAAGCACUUGCCUGCCCCAUAACGGGCUCGAGCGGACCACCAGGCCCCACCAAGAAAGCCUACCGGCGCAAUAGGCUAAACGUAAAAAUAAAAAAAAAAAAAAAAUAAAUAAAUAAAAAAAAAAAGACAUUUUGAUGCUUUACCAGCAUGGUUAGUCGUCAUUCAUCCACACCAUGAUCCAAUUACUUUGUUAAAGCGUUGUCCGUAUGUAACUCCGGCACAUGUACUGUAGGUUCGUCCCCUUAUAACGAGCGCCUUCCCAGACAUUGUUUUCAUCUGAAUUUUCCAGCUCUCCUUUUACUCAGGUAUGCUUCCUUAAUAUCCAAACUAUUCACUGAUGCGAUGUUUUCAUUUCAUAACUUUUUGAUCAAGUAGUACGUGAAGAAUGAUAAAUGUUAUUGUUGGAUUGCUCUUCCGUAAUUAUGCUGCAUGCUCUGUAACUAUGCUUGACUCUACGGCUAAUGUAGUGACAAUAAAAAGACUUGACAGGAGGUUGAACGUUGUCUCCAGUUGUAGGAAGUUCAAUAGAUGAUGCAAUAAUAACUUCCUUUGGAUCGAAAUAUUUGUACUGUCGAACAGCAAUGCAAAUAAUAUUUCAUUCAAAAUUAUCUGACGGUUUACAUUAUCUAAAAGUGUUAAAUACAACUCGGUCAUUUUAAUGGCGACGUCUCGCGAUUUAAUUUUGUAGUGAUUUUAUGAGAAACAAUGCCAACCCCCUCACUACUUAUGGUGUUGUAUACACAGAUAUGUUUUGCAGAGUCAACAUUCAAAAGGAACGCUUUCAACUGUUUCCUUCCACACUCGCGUCGCGCUGGCUUGUUCAUUAGCCUCGCCAGUCCGGCCUCUCUGACCACCAACGCCCCUAUUCCUUGUGUCUUCCAAGCCCGUUAGGGGAAGAGUGUGAUGCAGUAUUUUCUACACUUAUACGGAAGACUUCAGGUGACCAGAGGCACGUUUUUUUUUUUUUGUUUUCUUUUUUACAGUUUAGUGUUACUGGCUUGGGAAGAUUGCACAGUUCGUGUAUGUAAUACAAUAUAACUAGUGGAUGCUGGCAGGGCACAGGGUUCGUCCAUCACCAAUACAUAAUAUACCCAUCAAAGGAGAGUCCUGCGAGUAGGUGUAGUUGACUUCAAGUUAAGUACGUGUCAGCAUUGUAUAUAAAACAAUAAACUAUACAGUAAUAA